AUGCAGGCCAUAGAAAAACGGUUUCAGUCAACCAAGAUAAGAGGCUGUGUUGUGGCUCCUACUCUGUUCAGUACUUGCAAGAACUGGGUGUUUAAAAUCAUGGGCACCAGUAACUUGGGGGCUUUGUUGGUGAGCUCACUGCUAGGAUCACCUAACUCUGGGACUGAAGAAUGGGGUUCACAGAUCCAGACCCUGAAAGAAGAGCUGCAGUGCCUGAAGACAGUCCACCAAGACAAAGAGAAAUCUCUCCAGGACAAGAUUCAGUUUCUCGAGCAGCAGCUUAAACAGAAGGCACAGACGACCCCGAGCAGCCACCAUCGCCAGGCUGAGGCGGCUUACAGAGAAAGGAUACAGCAUUUGAGCCAAGAGGUCACCACCAAGAUCCAAACCAUUCAAGAGCUGACUCACACUGUGCAGAGACUCCAGAAGGAGAGGAAGAGCAUGUUGUGUGUCUCAAGUCUACAACAGGAAUGUAAAACUAAGGAGACCCAUGUCCCUCUGAGUUCAGGAGAAGAUUGUCGAAGUACAUUUCCAGCUCUUCAAUCUGAGCAGCCCUAUCAGCACAGUCUCUGCUCAGGUAUAGAUGUGGACUUUUGUCAAGGCCGAUGA